AUGGAAUCCCCAAAGGCGACAACUUCUAGCGUCGCCCAUAGCAGUGAGCUCUCUUCGAGGUCGCGCAGCAGCACCAAGGUUGUCGACGAUGUGACAAGCCUGACUUCCUUCAAUCCAUUCUCGGAGGAGGACGAACAUGACCAGUCAUCGUAUGCGCUGGUUACGUCGCUCCUCUCCAAGGUAAAGAACACCUUGGCCGCUCCCCUGUCCUCUGCCGUGGCCUCUAGCAGCACCGGAAACGCGUCCUCCCAUCAGAACGGACAGCCUACCGACCAGCGAAGACCAUCGCUGGUUCACAAUGGCUCCAGUCAAUCUAGCAAAUCCUCCAUAAAUCGCUUGAACGUUGCUGUAUCCAAUCCUGCCCCCCCACUGGUCUCUUUGACCCCCGUUGUGUCCGAGAUACCGUCGUAUGGCGUUGACUAUGAGCGAUCACCGUCUCGAGGAGGGUCUUUCUAUGCGCCGGAUACGCCUGACGGGGGCAUAUAUGGUACUGCCAUCCCAGGGUUCCCCAUACAGGAUGCCGACGCGCGGAGCAUUAAGACCGCAGCUGGUAGUAUCAGGAGAUCGGCUUCGGUAUCCAAGGUGAUUCGGAGAAUCCGAGGCGAAGGUCUGUCCCGCGACUACUGGAUGGACGACGAGCUCUGCAAGGAGUGCUAUGAUUGUAAGAGCGUGUUCACGGCAUGGCGUAGAAAGCACCACUGUAGAAUUUGUGGCCAGAUUUUCUGUUCUCGUUGUGCUUCGAAUAUCAUCAAAGGGGCACGGUUUGGUCACGAUGGCAUGGUACGGGUCUGCAACCUCUGCCUCGAUAAGCUGGCCAAGGGCGAUGACGAUGACGACGACGACAGGCGUUCUAUCAAUUCCAACAUGACCUCGCCUUUCGCGGCGCACCAACUUGGUUCCGACUCAUUCUCGUUUGCCCUUGGUCAUCACCCUCAAUCGCCCUUUGCUGCGUCGCAAUUGUUCGGACGUAUGGAUGAGCCUUUCAAUCUGUUCUCAAUAGCGGAGACCAGGAAGUACGGUUCCAUUGAGAGUGUCAGUGGAUUCGAGCCGUUUACUCCUACAGACGAUGCCAAAGCAUGGAUUCGUGACAAUCCUGCCCCAUUCCGUAGGACGUUCACAGACGAAGAUAAGGAUCCUCUAUCUUUAUCUGACAAGUUCAGCAACGAGAACUCGCCCUCCGGGCCUGGAGUCCAGACUCCUAUUGAUUUCCCUGUGACGGUGCCCAUCUCUGUGGAUGUAUCCAUGAGCUCUGUGCAAUUCCCGAUGAGUUCCCCUGACCAGGCAUAUCCCUUUGAGAGUCCAGGAAUGCUUCGAUCACGGUUCAAUUCUUACGCCGAUUUUGACAUCGCGACGCCUUUCAUCCGGAGUCGCGUGCAGAGCCGGCUGAAUGAGAGCUUCGGUACUGGAGAGCCCGGAUGGAGAACUAGGAGAGAGAGCACAGCAUAUGCUCAAGAGCUGAAUCUAAUCUCCAUGUUUCACCUGCGGAUCAUGUUGCGGCAGAUGCUCUCUGCGGAGCAGAUUCCUAACAUUGGGGAGUGGGAGGAGACAUUAUUGAAACUCAGCCUCCGCAUAGCCCGUGAAUUGACAUUCACUGCUCAUCCCCAGCGACAAGGGGCCGACAUGGAUGUCCGACGGUACGUCAAGAUCAAGAAGAUACCUGGCGGUGCGCCCAAAGAUUCGGAGUAUGUCGAUGGUGCGGUUAUCACGAAGAACGUGGCACACAAGCAGAUGCUUCGGAUACAGCGUAACCCUCGAGUAAUGCUGGUCACCUUCCCUCUUGAGUUCCAUCGUGUGGAGGGGCAGUAUAUGCACUUCGGGCAGAUCCUGCGACAGGAGAAGGAUUACUUAGGCAAUCUGGCCACUCGUAUCGCCGCGCUUCGACCGCAUGUCGUAUUGGCCGAGAAGUCCGUUUCGAGAUUGGCCCUCGAUGCUCUAGCGAAGCACAAGAUCGCAGUUGCCAGAACGGUGAAGCCAUCUGCAAUACAAUUUGUCGCUCGUAUAACGCAGGGGGAUGUCUUCUCAUCCAUGGACAAGCUUGCGCUCGAGCCUCGUCUUGGGCACUGUACGCGCUUCCGCAUACAGACAUUCGACCAUCCUCUCAUUCCUGGUCGGCGCAAGACAUAUAUGCGUUUCGAAGGCUGCAAUGCGGAGAUGGGCUGCACUAUUGUGCUUAGGGGCGGAGACAUUGAGACGCUCAGACGCAUAAAGAAAGUGACACGAUUCCUUGCAUUCAUCGUGCGGAAUCUCAGGCUUGAAACGCAUUUGUGGAAAGACUCGGUGAUCACGUUGCCGGCUCUGACAGCUGAGGCCACGCCAUCUACACAUUCUUCUAGUCCCGCAGCGUUUAUGUCAGGCCCCAGUGGGUCUACGCCGCCGUCAAUCAAUUUCUUGAGUCUGCAACGUUCCGUCUCUCAGCCUUUGGAUGACAUUGAGGAGACCACUCCAAACGGUAUACCGAAUGACACAAAUGUAGAAGAUCUUCCGAACGAGGAUGCGGAGCACAUACGUCUGUCGCGGCGUAUCCAAGAAUCGUUGGAGCCGUAUGAGAAGACUUUCAUAUCUGUUUCGGCCACACUACGCUUCCCUCCUCCACACCCUGUGCGUCGUAUGAAGGAGCUUGAUGACCAGCUGAUUCGUGUUAAACGAGAGUGGGAAGACGAGGUUAUACGGCAAGAAGAGAGGAGUUCUCCGCAGCACCAGCAAGAGGAGACUGUUACCCAGGCAACAAUGGGACCAUUGGCGUCGGCUGACCCAGACGAUAUUGCCGCGCAGAUUGAGUCUCUUCCGAUCCCAGAUCUUCCACAUACACCUGUGCAAGACGAAACUCCCCCAUCCGCAGAUCGUCCUGGUUACUUUGAUCUUGCUCCGAUGGGAUCGAGUUUCGUGUCCCAUUCCCCUGUUCCUUAUACACCCGCAGAAGAGCUUCCCGUUCAGAUGAAAACGGUCGAAGACAUCAAACUUGAAAGCCGAGUGAGCUAUGUUCAAUGGCAGCACGCCGAACAGCGCCGGAUAUGGGAAUGGUAUCUUCGGAAGAAUAAGGACGACUUUGAUGUAGAGAAAUAUCAGUGCAUAAGUCUGUGGGAAGCUACCUUGCCUAUGACGGAACCUGGCCUCCAUCGCGCAUGUUUGCCUCCGGCCUCGAAGUACAUGACCUUCUACGGGGAAAAUGACUGCACACUGGGACAAUUCAUCGAAAAGGCUGUCAUGGAUACCCUGGUGAAGUUUCUGGAUCCAAAGGCGAUUUGCGAGAACAAGAGCUGCAACGAACCUCUUGCGCGCCAUUGUAAGGUGUAUACCCACAACGAAUCGCGUCUCAUAGUCGCAGUUGAGCAAUGGGAUGGUCAAAUUAUCAGCAAGGCCGGUUACUAUCCCUAUGCUCCGGAUGCUAUUAUUACAUGGAGCGUCUGCAGAACUUGUGGUUCUGCUACUCCCUUCAUUCCUGUGUCUCCGGAGAUGCAAAGAUACUCUUUUGCCAAAUUCCUUGAACUCCAUUUCUAUCCUGCCGACGUCCAGCUCGUACAAGGCGCCGGAUGCCAGCAUAACAUAUACCAGUCUCACAUUAGGUACUUUGCUAUCAAAGGGAUGACUGUACGUUUCCAAGCGGAACCUAUCGUCUUACACGAAGUUGUGUAUCCGCCCAUGCGCAUCCGGGUCCGCCCGGAGACCCAGCUGGAGAUUAGGAACAAUGAUUUUGAGCGACUACACAUGCGAAACGAGCAGUGGUAUGCCGCUCUGGUUGGUGACCUCAAGCUCAUCAAUAUUGACGCGGCCAUUGGCGACGAAGAGGCUGAUGGUCGACUCACAGCGCAGAUCAACCAUUUGAUCAUGAAGGCCGAAUGGGAGAAACAGGACAUUGCAAAGUUGAUCAACAAAAUAUACCAAGACACCCCUUCAACCGACACUCUUGCAUUGAACCAAGUGCGAGCUUAUAGGCAAGACAAGAUUGUCGCUUGGCAACAGGACUUUGACAGGCUGCCGAAACCUAGGAUGACACAGUUCCUGGAUCGUAACAGUCGAAAGCCCUCUGCGUUUAAUUCGAUGCGAGCAAUGUUUCCUCGGCGAUCCGAGUAUUACUCUACGCUGGAGGUUCAGCAGAAUGCCUCGGAGACGGAAGACAAUACAUCUGGACCUAUUACAAUGACAAUGCGACGCGUAACAGGAGACUCUUUCACGUCGAGAUCUUCGGCCUCGGACGCGUCAGAAACGGAAUCCCUCGCUGAGAAAAGUGAAUCCACUGACAUUAUCCCACCCGCGGGAUCGGUUCAGCCGCAGAAGGGGGAUGUUCUUGUGCCAGUGGAAGCCAUCGAAAUCUCACCCAAGUCAGAUCCAGAGAGCGACUCCACCAUUGGCGCCGGACGCCGGAAUUCUCUGGCGGUUGAGGUUCCUACGUCGCCGCAUAAGGUUGGUGAUGACAGUGAGCAGGGACAAGUGGAACAGGUGGCGCAACCUAUAUCAAGGUUACCCAGACGUUCACUUAAUUACCCCAGCGUCGCGGAACUUGUCAAGAAGUAUCAAGAUUUUCUACCAGCUCAGGGAGUCGAGGAACUUACAAAAACCGCAUUCCCUCCUGCUGUGCCGGUCUCCGAGGGUGAACACGAUGCCCCGAGCGAGAUCCCUCCACGGACACGAACAAAGGGCCGACGCCAAUUCGUUAACCGUAAGUCCUCGGUAUCUGACUUUGAGUCUGGCUACGCAGCAAAUAUCGCACCCCGUUACCUCACCCAUAGGAGGCCUUUAGGAGCCACUCCCUAUAGCAGUCGUAUUCCAGGUCCAAUAGCAUCGUCUGUCGACUCUCGCGCGCCGUCACGCAGAACUUCUCCUGAUAAACGGUCUUCUAUGACACAGCUCGGCACGGACAGCUCAUCGAAAGCGGUGAUGUCUUCUCCCCCGCUCACAAGGUCAAAUUCUGUCAUCGUUGGUAAUCGGAAGAAAGGAAAAGGAACAGCGCGUGGACUUCCCGCGGAGAAGGCUCCAUCCACUCGACCUACCAGCAGUUCCGGGCCAAAAAGCACGUUGAGGAGGCAAACAGGACCUAAUGGAAAAGUCUCUAACAUCACUAAGCACUUUGAACGAAUAAGCAAAGAUAAUGAGCGUGCCAACCGUCGCUACGCUGUCAUCCGUGGAAGACGCCCACGUCCAGUUGCCUCAGCUCGCGCUAGGGUGGAAGUCCUUGAAAGUAUCAAGGACGCUAUCAUGGACGAAUCGGAAAGCUCGGACUCCAGCGAGGCCGAUGACGAAGGCGAUGACGACGACGAGAUAGUAAAGAAAACAAAGCAAGAACGCACCGAAUCUCCCAAACCCUCUCAGGCCCCGCACGAAGUCGAUCAGAAAAACAAGCCGUCUGAAGUGGUUUCACCCGUAGCAGUCCCUCCAGCGGAAAAUACUGGAUUCAAUCAGGAGCAGCCUGUCACUGCUGUUCUGAGGGCUACGCCCGAACCCUCACCUUCACUUCAUCAGUCCCCAAUCGUAACCGCGAUGGCGAAUGAAACAGCGCCGUUGGCUUUACCUCCAGAGCUUGAUAUGGGACCCGCAGGUACCGAGCGUCAUUCCAUUCUGAAGGCAUUAUCCGGCUUUUGGCCCCAGGCUCCGCAACUACGCCCUCGAACAGAACAAGAUGCUGAUGAUCCCAUGGCGGAUCCAGAGCACAUCUUCCGUAAUUCAUCUAUGGUUGUUAGAACGGAUGAGCCGACAUCCAUCAUUGCCUUGGCUUUGAAUUCCCCUCAAUAUCGAGACAUGUUAGCGCAAUCUCGAUUUGAGAAACGACAGGCCCGAGAGCCGAAAAUUACUGACGGCGGGGAGGCAUUUAUGCCAGACGAUCGGUCUAUUGCCGAGUCCACUUCUACAUGGGGCGUAGUGAAUGUAGAUAGCUCUGAUGGAGCUGAUCCGACCGAAGACCUUCGUGUCCCAUCUUCCAAGUUGCCCUGGGCUAUCUAUUUUGAGAGCGGUGGCCUGACCAUCAGCUGUACCGUUCUGUACCCCGAACAGUUCGAUGCACUCCGACGAACUUACGACUGUGAAAGAAGCAUGAUCGAGUCCCUGGCGAGAUGUGUGAAGUGGGAUGCUAGCGGAGGCAAGUCUGGCUCAGCUUUCUUGAAGACUUUGGAUGACCGCUUCAUCGCCAAGGAGCUAUCUAGAGCUGAGCUACAGGCAAUGGAGACAUUCGCGCCGGCAUAUUUCGAUUAUAUGUCGUCGGCAGUGACAGCCAAUCGGCCUACCCUUCUUGCCAAAAUUUUUGGCUGUUUUAAGAUUACCUCCAAGAAGACUCACAAGCACCAGGGUUCGAGCAGGUCGAAACCGAUGCAAAUGAAUUUGCUUGUUAUGGAGAAUCUAUUUUACGACCGUCGAUUCUCCAAGAUAUACGAUCUCAAAGGAUCCACUCGAAACCGCCACGUGCAGUCCACGGGACGAGAAAACGAAGUAUUGCUCGAUGAAAAUUUGGUUGAAACCGCUCAUUUGGCCCCAUUCUACUUACGCGAGCAUUCAAAGCGAAUUUUACGCGGUGCCUUGUUCAAUGACAGCAAAUUCCUUGCCGAUAUCAACGUCAUGGACUAUUCGCUCGUUGUCGGCGUUGACAGCAUGAAGAACGAGCUCGUAGUUGGUAUAGUCGAUUACAUCCGCACGUAUACCUGGGACAAGAAAUUGGAAAGCUGGGUAAAAGAUACUACCUUCUUGGGUGGACCGAAUAGAGGGGAACCGACUAUCAUAGGCCCGAAGCAGUAUCGACAGCGGUUUCUCAGUGCAAUGGAACGCUAUCUUCCUCUGGUACCUGACAGAUGGAUGAAGCAGCGCGAUGCCCCAGAAGACGAAGGGAACUCCCUUUCAGAUUUGUGGCCCGACUGGUGA